AACUACAAUUGAAGCCCUCGUUAGUUCAGUUGAACAAUUUAAGGCAACUCUAGAGUGGUUAUGUGAGCGUUUUGUGUUUUAUAAAAUACAAUGAAUCAAAUUAGCCGACUUUGCAUUAGAAACACAGGUUUAAUUACCGCUCAGCGUCACGUGGCGCUCACCGCCGUUCGUUCCAUCGACCAGAAGUGGAGAGCGGCCAAGGGAUUGCAGGAGAAUCCAAAUGCCUUUGGUCCACUCACCAAUCUGCCCGACUAUACGUUCCUUGAUGGUAGGACGACGCCGUUAGGAUCGAAUCAGAAGAAGCGCUUGAUGAAGCAACAGGAGAUUGCUGCCAAAAUUGUGGAACUCAGCAGCGAACUGGACUUUGCCAAGCAGCGUCACGAGCGCCUUAAAGCGGCCGCCCAGGCAGACAAGGAACGCAUCAUGCAGAACAAGCUCAAGCCAAAGGGUCAUCUGCUGUUAAAAAAGAAAUAGUCCUCAUCUUGUUAAAAAAGAAUAGCUAUUUUUAAAUAUAACUUAACUUUAGUAGUUUAUUAUCAAUACAACAUAGAGAUAUUUGUUUA